AAACGACUCAGUAAUUCUUGCUUUAAUGAUUGUUUGUCCGAUUAUUAAAUUCUGGCUACUGUUCCUGCUAGAGUCUUUUAAUAAUUCUUAAACGUUUUGGACAAAAGAUAUCCAAAGGUUAUAUAACAAUGAGGCAAUAUACUUCAUAUGUUUUCUUACAGUUGAUUUAUCAAAUAACGCUCAGAAUGCUGCUACUGUGUAAACUUUGUCUGACCAAGAUAUGACUUGUCAUUUGUCUUUGUUCAAAACUCGAGCUACAAUCAAGAAAACCCGAUAUGACCCUCGGUGAUGAAGUACUAUGAUAGGCGACAGACCAUUCAAUCACUUUCAGAAUGCUCCAUCCAUCAAAGCAGUCUGCGAUUACUCCAGCCGACUCGCUUUUCGCUUAAAGGUAAAUUUAGCAUGGAGAAAAACAUCAUGCUGCUCAUUGUGAAUUUAUCAUCCGAAGCAGCAGCGUGGAUUGACGAUCUUACUCCAAUUCAUAUCACAUGAAACACGUCCACAUGGCGCAUGCCCGAGUGCAGAGUGAUGCGCCUAUAUGAAACACAAGUACCAAUACGUUCGGCUUAAUAUAUUACAUCACUGCAGAAGAACAAUUCCGUGGUUUACUUGACACUGCAAAUACUGCUUCCGUCGUAGGCGUACUGAUGUACGUCCGAGCCCGAAGAAAUUGAUGUUACGUACCAAAUUAAAAAAGCCUGUGAGCGAAAGAACAGAAUGAAGUACAUCGUUUUCUACCACAUUUAUUCGCUCAAACGAACGAAACCUUAGCCGAACAUCAAGAAGAGUAUGGUCCAUUCUUGGCGAUGGACGGAGGUCGGUGCAAUCAAUUUGAUGGAGCAAAUUCAAAGGAGUGCCUGUCUUUAAAUGGUAAUUUCAGCUUAAGCGUACCUAAUGUCGGGCCCUUUGUUGGUGGGAACUUAACAGAGACAGAUGCUCGAGCACCGUAUCAAAACUGUUGGUGGUAUUCGUAUCCCAACAGCUGUUCACUACAGCCUUGGGUGCGACGAAGACGGCUAAGUGCCGCGCAAAUACGCGUCAAGGACUCUGUGAUAUGAAUACACUUCCCGACGGAAUGAAUGCCCAUACAAUUGCCGUGUGCUAGAAUACAUUCUCAUUGACAAUGUUGUCGGCAUUACGAGCAUGACGAACAAGGCCAACGCAGGAAACUAUGUAGAUCACGCUGCUUUCUGUGCAGAUGGAUGAGUUGAGUUUAAGACCGACGCGAAUAAUAAGUCUUUGAUUGAAAGUGGGAGAAUCCGACAUCAGUACUGUCAAAUUUGGAACGCAGGCAAAAGAUGCUCGAUGCUUACAUGUUGAUGGCCACAACUAGCAAAAUAUCAUCUCAAAUUGCGAGUGAUGUCACCACCCACAUGAAACCUCUUUCUGUCGUGUCGGACCUUGUCAAGGAAAAUUCUAGUUUUAAAAAAGCGCCGAUGCAACUUAUGGCUGCAAGCGUGCACUAUACGGCCGAAUCUGCACUGUGUGCACUGCUGCUGACGAU